AUGCUUUCAAAGUACGUUGCGACCGACCACCACGAAUGGGAUCUUCACUUACCAUAUGUGACGUUCGCGCAUAUUUCAUCGCGUCACGACACCGCCGGCUAUUCACCAUUCUAUCUCCAAUAUGGCCGAGAACCUGCGUGGCCCUUGGACACUUUGUUACCCUCGGCCACACGUUCAAUCACUGAAUACACCCACGACGCGAUCGCACACGGCGACCACUCGCGCCAGCUCGCCUGCACCCGUCUCGAGGCCUCACAGGAGCAUCAGAGACGCCUCUAUGAUUGCCACGAUCGCGACGUGCACUUUACUCCUGAUUCUCUGGUGCUUCUCUGGUCACCCAUUCGACGUGUGGGCCUUUCCGAAAAGAGGCUGUCGCGCUUCACUGGCUCAUACCGGGCGGUGCGACAAGUGACCGAUGUCACGUAUGAAGUCAUCCCCGCCGACCUGUCGGGGUCAUCAUCAGCUGCAAGUGAUAUCGUUCACGUGGCGAGACUAAAGCUAUACCAGACACCUUUCUCCGCGGAUGUGCAGAUUAAGCAUCGGGGCGGUGCUUCUAGUGCCGGGGGUGAUGCUACGGAACAGCCGGAAAAGUGA